AUGGCGACGGAGGCAGUGGAUUUCACGGCGGAGCAGGAGGCCCUGGUGGUGAAGUCAUGGAAUGUGAUGAAGAAGAACGCUGGGGAGCUGGGGCUCAAGUUCUUCCUAAGGUCGCCGUCGUCUCGUUAGAUCUCCAACGGAGUUGCGUGGUGUCUCGGUCCCGGCUCACUUCUUCUUUCGUGUCUGCAGAAUCUUCGACAUCGCGCCGUCGGCGAGUAAGCUCUUCUCCUUCCUCCGCGGCUCCGACGUCCCCUUGGAGAAGAACCCGAAGCUCAAGCCCCACGCCAUGUCGGUGUUCGUCAUGGUGAGCCACCCGCCACCGUCCUCUCCACAAUAAGCCUCGCCGGAAUAUAACCCUCUUCUUGUCCUUGCUCCGCGAAGACCUGCGAGUCGGCGGCCCAGCUGCGCAAGUCCGGCAGGGUGACUGUGAGGGACACUACCCUGAAGAAGCUGGGCGCGGUCCACGCCAAGUACGGCGUCGUCGACGAACACUUCGAGGUGAGGGGGGGACGAGGAUCUUCUUCCGCCGACGGCGAUCUCCCUUCUCAAGUUCUAACUUUCCGGCGUGGUGGUCAUCUCAGGUGACCAGGUUUGCGCUGCUGGAGACGAUAAAGGAGGCCGUCCCGGAGAUGUGGUGCCCGGAGAUGAAGGACGCAUGGCGAGUCGCCUUCGACCAGCUGGUGGCGGCCAUCAAGAAGGAGAUGACGGCUCAACCUGCUCCGUAG